AGAGAGUGGCCAGUCAGUUUAGCUGAAAGGAGCGUAUGUAGGAUUGGCCGCCGAUGUGCAAAGCUGCAAAUGCCAAUUGUGCUUUUCCCGAAGAAGGACAAACCGCAGUUGGUGCGCGGCUUUUCACCCAAGGUCGUCAGGCUCAAUGUGCGCAUCAACGAAGAUGUGGAGGAGGCUGCUUUGGCCAACAUCUCUCGGUCUGGCCUGCUGGCCCUGUCCAAUGAUAUCUCCAGCAAUCGUCACGUCACGAAGCUGGACUUUAGGCACGUCUGCUUUGGACCGGAGGAAGCGGGCAUCCUUGCCAAGGGCCUUGCGACCAAUCGAGUGCUUCUGGAUCUGAACCUCCAGCACAACAACCUCUCCGAUGUGGGCUGCAAGCUCAUUGCGCAAGCCCUGACGGAACAGGGUGUCCUGGAGAGUCUGCAGCUCGACGCCAAUGGCAUCGGAGAUUGCGGAGCAGAAGCACUUGCAGAGUAUGUAUCUACAUCCAGUACUUUGAAAGAGCUUAGACUCUUCGACAACCACAUCUUCAAGGACGGGGGCAUUGCGAUUGGGAAUGCCGUUGCCAAGUGCUCCUCACUGAGGCACCUGGAUAUGGGCCUGAAUGAAAUCGGAGACCAAGGCGUCGUUGCGAUUGCGACAGCCCUUUGUGGCUACAACAAGGUCAACAAGCUCAGUGUUCGCGCCAACGGAGUCACUAGUGCGGGAGGCAAGGCACUGGCCAAGGCCUUGAGAAAGAACUGCCGGCUUCGCUAUCUCGAUAUCGGCGUGAAUCGUGUCCGUGACGAUGCAGUGAAGCACAUUUUCGAGGCGUUACUGCUGAACACCCACUUGCAAGAGCUGGAUCUUGGUCGUAACAGCAUCCGGGACGAUGCUAUGGAAUUUGUGGCAGAGGUCAUUCUGCAGAACAAGUUUAUCACCAAGCUGAGCUUCGAGGACAACUACUUCACGGAUGAAGCUGCAGAGGUUUUCCUCAAGUUGCUGCAGAAAGCAGAGCACCUGUCGAUGACAGAGUUUCACAUCCACAACAACUACAUCUCAGAGAUAAAGCUUCAGCAGAUAGACUUGUUCAUGCGCACGCACGCGCGGGAAUUGCAGAAGAAGAAGCGGGAAAACAAACGACAGAGGACCCAGUCAGUCCAGCAAAACCCCGAUGACGUUCGCGACGAGUCCAAGAUAUCUGGCGGGCGCCAAUCCAGCGGGAGCCUGUCCCGCAGCACAUCCAGGACGAUUUCGGCAAAAGGAUCGCGAGAAGCGUCGAAGAUCUGAGCUUUUUCUUGAACAUCUUAACUAUUGUUGUUGUAGGCCUCGAGUUCAUAGGAGAGGAGUUCAACCGUUUGGAGUGUCACUCAGUCACGCAAGCCAAAGAUCUGCAAGAGUGCAUA